UCUCCAGGCUCCAGUCAUGUGCAGUUGUGGCAGUUCAUAUUGGAACUGUUGGCCGACCCACGGCAAGCAGAUGGAUGCAUCGAGUGGAUUGGUGUGGAUGGCGAGUUCAGAAUGGUCGAUCCGGAAGAAGUUGCCCGGAAGUGGGGAAGGAGGAAGAAAAGAGCCAGAAUGAAUUUUGAAAAGAUGGGAAGAGCUCUAAGAUAUUAUUACGACAAGAUGAUUCUGAAGAAGGUGACGGGCAAGAAAUGCACCUACCAGUUCCACCUGGCCGGCGUUCUCUGCCAGGGCAAGAAGGCUUUGCAGGAUUGCUUCGAAAAGUACGAACGGGAGAACAAGGUUUCAGGCAAAAAUUCGAAAUGA